UGAUGCCUGUCUCCAGGUGAGCUGCUACCUGCCCCGUGACAGAUCUGAUGCAGCAGAGGACAACUAACUCCCUGGAGGCUGGAAGUGACGGCGGCGGGGGCGGGGGCGGGACAUCCGUCGCCCUGAGUCUGACAGGAGGAACCCGGAGCGGGAGAGCAGCGAGUGGCGGGGAAGGGCUAGGGCCAGGCCGGGGCGCUCGGGCCUGUGCGGCCUACAGGAUGGGUUCUCAGAAGCCGUUGCUGUGUCCGUGGCUCAUCAAGCAAGUCGACAGCUGUCAGUACCCUGGCCUCCACUGGGUGAACGAAGGGAAACAACAGUUCAGGAUCCCCUGGAAGCAUUGCUUGAGACAGAACAUUUCUGCUGACGAUACCAAGAUAUUUGAGGCUUGGGCAACAGCAAGUGGCCGCUACAAACCGGGAAUCGAUGUUCCAAACCCUCCCGUGUGGAAGAGAAACUUUCGAAGUGCCUUAGCACGGAAGAAGCAUUUCCGCAGAGUACGCGACAACAGGAGCGACCCCCAUGACCCACACUUGGUCUACGAGAUCCAAAGCACCGACUAUCCCGAGGGGAAUUCGCCGACAUCCUCAACUGACCGGAUACUGAAGCCGGGGGAAGAUGAGGAGGAGGAGGAGGUGUCUGAGGAAGAUAUGGAAGGGGUCUGCGCGGGAUGCCGCCCCUCCCCGCGCAGCGCCUCCAUCACCGCCAUUGUGAAGGUGGAGGAAACGCCGUUGGAGGAACCCGUGAAGCCAGGCGCCAGCGGGCUGCGGGGUGAAAUGGAGCCCGUCGCGCAGGCUGCCUGGAGGGAGAGUCCGCACAGUAGCACGGCGGCGGAGGAUUCGAGGGAGGGCAGCGACAGGGAAAUGUUCAAGAGGAGGCUGGUGCAGAUGCAGGGCCAGAUGCUGGGCUCGCUGUCCAACCUGUCGGUCGGGGUGUGCGAGAUGGGUAGGAGCUUGGAGGCGUCCGUCUCCAACCUGGCACAGGAGAUCCUGUCGGGCCAGGGCAACAUCAGCUCCAGCAUGGAGGCGAUGCGGAGCUCGGUGUCAGCGGGCAACGAGUCCGUAGCACUGCAGCGGCUGAUGGACCGUGUGUCCACCUCCCUGGAGACUCAGGAGGAGGCCAUUCGGGGCCUGCGCGGCUGCGUGGAGAUACAGGGGGGUCCCGGCAGAGCUCUGCUGGCCGUCAGCCGGGAGCGGGCGCUUCUGGCCCGCGAGCAGCGGGACGCUGCAAGGGAGCAUGCGGCAGUCAUGCAGGAGCAGCGGGACGCUGCUAGGGAGCAGGCGGCAGUCGUGCAGGAGCAGCGGGACGCUGCAAGGGAGCAGGCGGCAGUCAUGCAGGAGCAGCGGGACGCUGCAAGGGAGCAGGCGGCAGUCGUGCAGGGGCAGCGGGACGCUGCAAGGGAGCAGGCGGCAGUCCUGCAGGAGCAGCGGGACGCUGCAAGGGAGCAGGCGGCAGUCAUGCAGGAGCAGCGGGACGCCUCGCGGGAGGGGGCGUUGCUGCAGCGGGAGCAUGCGGCUCAGGCCCGCGAGCAGCGGGAUGCCGCAAGAGAGCAUGCGGUGCUUAUGCAGGAGCAGAGGGGCGCUGCAAGGGAGCAGGCGGCAGUCGUGCAGCAGCAGCGGGACGCGGCAAGGGAGCAGGCGGCGCUCAUGCAGGGGCAGCGGGACGCCGCGCGGGAGCAACUCGCAGCACAGUCGGGGCGGCGGAAGCGACAGCCCGCGCAGGAAAGACUCCGCCGCGCCGCCCUCCGACCCCGCCUCUCGUCCUCCCGGGCAAAGCCCCCGGCCUGCCUGGCCGCAGCCGAUGGCAACAAGCUGGAACUGCGGCUGUACCAAGAAGUGAGAGCCAGCACUGAAGAGGAUGAAGACAACGUCAGCUCUGCUGUGGAAGUUGACCAUGCCUCCUUGCCCGCUCCUCCAAACACGGGAACUCUCGAGGUCAGUCUGGAAGGCAUGAAGUUAUUCAACUACUCACCAGGCCAAAGGCUCCUGGAACACGGGAAUUUGUCCACGAAUAUUCCCAACUGUUCUCCAAUCCUAGCUCUGCCUCCAUUCGACCUAAGCCAAGCCAGUGCGAUCGGGGUGGGUAUUCUCGGCACGGCCCCGGACAGUGCUUGGGCAAUGCCCCCACAGAUGGAAGACCCCAACACCGCGAUCCCAAGCACUUCCCAGUUCAAGGCGCAGAUGAAGGAAUACUUUCCCAACAAAGAACUGGUGACAGAGUUUGAGGUGUCGAUCCACUACCGUGGGAGAGUGAUAGCGAAUGAGGUGGUGAAGAACACCAACGGCCUGCGUUUCUCCUACAACUCGCAGUCGGACUUCCCGUACCUGCACGACGUCCGCUUCCCCACCACCGCCUCCACCUUGAUGAGCGACCAGCAGCAGGUCAAGUACACCAACCAGAUGUUGGAACGCAUGGACCAAGGGCUGACGGUGGAGGUGCAGGACAACCUCAUCAUCGCCCGGCGAUACGGCCGCUGCAGGGCCUUCUGGUCAAUGGGGGAUAAUCCCACCGGUCUCGAACCCCAGCAAAUCUCCAACAGGGACGUCACUGUCCUCUACAGCCAGGCAGACUUCAAUAAAGACAUGUGCGCCUUUCUCAAUUCCACCGGUGGUUCCCCACAGUACUCGAUCUGGCUGUGCUUUGGAGAGCUCUGGCCAGAUCCCAACGGCAAACCUUGGAACAAAAAGAUGAUCGUGGUGAAGGUGACUCCGGUGACCUUCAGGCUGCUGCACGAGUUGGCCCACGGAAUUGGCGCCUCGUCUCUGAGGAGCGAGGAGAUGAAUCUACAGUUGUCCGACCACCAGCUGUCCCCCACCAGUUUUCUGUCCAUACUGGAGGAGUUCAUGGACAUCAGCUAGCUGGGUGGUGCCUCCGCUCCCCCCCCCCCACUGCUCCUCUGCCUACCGCAUGCCAUGCCGGAGUUGGUGGAGCCGGUUCAUCACGCAAACUGAACCCCCAUUUCCCACCCGGCUGGUGAGAAUAACAGUGCUUUAAAAAAAAAAUUUGAUAA